UUACAACGCGCCAAAGUUUUUGGCGCGACCUGCUGUAAAAAGUGUUUGCUGUUGUCUGUGCAUAAGGCAGGUGGUUCCGUUUCAGUCCUUGUGUGUUGUCAUUUAUAAUUGUUACUAAAACUCUCAGUCAUGUUAUUGCUGGAGCAGUGUGAAGAGCUCUUUAAGACCUCUAAUCUGUAUGAAGUCCUGGGUGUCUGUAAAGAAGCAUCAGAUGCAGAGAUCAGACGUGGCUAUUAUAAAGUCUCUCUGCUGGUACAUCCUGAUAGAGCUCCAGAUGAUGAGUUAGCCACCACCAAAUUCCAGGUGAUGGGAAAGGCAUAUGCUGUGUUGGCCGACAAGGAACAAAGGGCGGUUUAUGAUGCGCAAGGAAUAGUGGAUGAGGAGUCAAACACCCUCGAUCAAGAUCGCAAUUGGGAGGAGCAUUGGAGAAGACUGUUUCCCAAGAUUACAAUACAAGAAAUAUUGGACUUUGAGAAACAGUAUAAAGGCUCUGAUGAAGAGGUGGAGGACUUGAAAAGACUGUACCUACUACAUGAAGGAGACAUGGAUCUGGUCAUGGAGUCUGCUCUGUGCUGCACUUAUGAAGAUGAACCACGUGUCCAUGACAUACUGCAGAAAGCCAUUGAUGCUAAAGAUGUGCCGGCCUUUAAUGCUUUCAUCUGUGAGAGUGUCAAGAAGAAGAACAACCGCAAAAGAAAGGCUGAAAAAGAACAUAAAGAGGCAGAGGAAAUGCAGAAAGAGAUCGGCAUGAACAGCGAGGACAGUCUGGUGGCUAUGAUAAAGCAAAGACAAAAGUCUAAAGAACAUGGAUUUAACUCCCUCAUCUCAGAUCUAGAGGCCAAAUACUGCAAGAAGCCAGCAGCGGGAAAAAGGGGCAAGAAAAAGUGAACAAUGGAACUGAUAAUAAUCAAAGGAAACUUAAAAUGGCCCUUUGUUAGCCAUAAAAACCCAUUUGAUGAUGCAUGUUUGACAAAUAACAAGAAAUUCAUGGUUGUGGAUUUAAAUAAUUAAUGAUUGAUUGAAAUAUUAUUGCAAGUUUGCCACUGUUUUGAACAUAUUUUUCAUGUUUAUUUGUAUUUAAUAUAUUAUUGAUAAGGUAACAUGAUCAUUUGAAUAUAAUAAAAUCAAUUCACAGGCUUUCUCAUGUGUGUUACGAAGUUCAAUUGUUGAUGAUUUGACCCGAUCCUGGAUUUUUCUAUUCCUGGAAAAACAUCUGUUAUAGCAACUGGUCCAUAGUCUUUAAAAUAAACAGGGUUAGGUCAUACCUUCGUUAGCAGAUGUAAUACUGGAAUUCUCUCCCAGCCACUGGAUACUGGUAUGAGAGCACCCAUUUGAAGAGGAGGUCAUAAUAAUUUUGUAUUCUAGGCCUAAUAAUAAUUUAAAUCACUACAAUAAAAUUAUUUGUGAAGAUGAUCUAAAUAGGAUUAAGAUCUAUGACAUUGAAAAUCAAAAGUCAGUACAUAUAAUUGAAGUUACACAUUUAUUCCCAACUUGUCAGCAUUUUUUCUAUUUUGUCUGCUAUGGCAGUUUCCUUUUUAAAACUGCGGUCUCGUUUGGCCAGUUUUGAUGUUGACUGCUCUCACAAAAUAAAUGUAUAUGGAUAUCUCCAUUAAUAUACAUUUAAUGUAUAGCUCCAAGGGUUCACAUACAUUUUCCACAGCACUGUACAUGGAUGUGUUCAAUAAAGACAUAAAU